AUGUCCUCCUCCCUCCCCAAUCUCCGCUUCCUGCGGCCCUACCUACACGCCGACCUCCCUGCUGUCCGUAGUGCGGCCUACGCGCGCUUCUCCUCGUCGAAAACCAAGCCCCCGGGAGAGGAAGUGCUGCUCUCGCCCCACAAGCCUGUAGGAGGCUACCCUGCUCGGAAACCCGAAGCGCAUUCUAAAGGCGACGUGCAGGACCGCAUGCGAGAGUUGAAGGCCGCCUGCGCCCUGGACUGGCCCCGGGUGCGGAGCGAUCCGUCUGCGCUCACGGUCCGGGAGUUCGCGAACAGGUAUAAGGAGAUGCGAACGGCGGAGAAGAGAGAGGGUGAAUUUGUGACGUUGCGAGGUCGUGUGAGUGGCUUCCGCGUGGCUAGCAAGUCUUUGGUUUUUGUCGACGUUGUGCAGGAUGGCAAGCAAGUCCAGAUCAUGCUUGAUGGAGGCCGCAUGGCUGGCUUGGGGGCUAGCAAUGAGAAGUUGUUCAAGAAGUUCUACCAUCUCUUGCGGCGUGGAGACAUAAUCUCCGUCUUCGGCAACCCGUACGUCACGAAAAAGGGAGAGCUGUCCGUCAAUGCAUGGGAUAUUCCGGAGAUUCUCUCGCCAUCACUUGCCUCCCUCCCAAGAACCCUCGACGACCGCGAGACCCGCGUCCGUAACCGUCAUGUUGAUAUGCUGGUCAACAAUCCCGUCGUAGAGACUCUCCGUCUCCGCUCCCACAUUAUCCAAAGCAUCCGCUCUUUCUUACUGGCAGACUCCUUCCUAGAAGUGCAGACACCCCUCAUAGCCGAUAAAGCCGGCGGCGCCAUCGCCAAACCCUUCACCACCGUCGCAACAGAGUUCUCUGACAAGACACUUGCUCUCCGGAUCGCGCCUGAGAUAUGGCUGAAGAGACUCGUGAUAGGCGGUAUGGACCGCGUCUUCGAGAUUGGGCCGGCGUUCCGGAACGAGGGAUUGGACGCUACGCACAACCCCGAGUUCACAACCUGCGAGUUCUACAAGGCCUUUGCCGAUCUGGAACAGCUGAUGAGUAUGACAGAGGCAAUGCUCUCGGGCAUAGCGACACAAGUCUCUUCUCUCAUCUCCACAACCCUCACCUCGCUGCCAGUCAUGGACACAGCAGCGUUCCACCAACCCUUCGCACGUAUCCCCUUCAUCCCCGCCAUCGAAGCCGGGCUCGGCGAGAAACUCCCAGACCUAUCUUCUCCCAGCGCCGAAAAAGACACCAUCGCCCUAUUCAAGGCCCAUGACAUUCCCCUCCCCCUCUCCCCGACACUCCCUCGCCUCCUCGACAAGCUCUCCUCCAUCUACAUUGAGCCGCGCUGCACCCUCCCCACAUUCAUCACGCAUCACCCGUCCUGCAUGGCACCGCUCUCAAAAUCUUUCCGCUGCUCGCAAACGUCGCAGGCUGUGUCCGCGCGCGCCGAGCUCUUCAUCCAGAACCGCGAGGUGGCUAACAUGUACGAGGAGGAGAACUCGCCGCUGGCGCAGCGCGAGAAGUUCGUGCAGCAGCUGCAGUGGAGGGACGAUGAGAACUGCGCUAGCGUGGAUGAGAGCUACCUCGAGGCGCUAGAGUGGGCGCUGCCGCCGACGGGGGGGUGGGGGGCCGGCGUGGAUCGGCUGGUCAUGCUGUUUGCGGGGAGGGAGAGGAUCAGUGAUGUUCUUGCCUUUGGAAGUCUGAGGAACGUGGUCAAUCUGGGAAGCGGGUGGAGAGAGAAGGAGGUGGAAAGGCCAUGA